AUGGACGGCAGAACUAUCGGAAUACUAGGAGGCGGCCAACUAGGCCGCAUGAUUGUCGAAGCAGCACAUAGACUCAACAUCAAGACGGUAAUCCUCGAUGCUCCGCAAUCGCCAGCAAAGCAAAUCAACGCCUUGGACGACCACGUGGAUGGAUCAUUUACCGACUACGAAAGCAUAGCCAAAUUAGCUGAAAAAGUCGACAUCAUCACCGUGGAAAUUGAACAUGUUGACGUUGAUGCCUUGGUGCGUAUCCAGGCCAAAUUCCCCAAGAUUGAAAUCUACCCUUUGCCCGAGACCAUCAAGUUGAUUCAGGAUAAGUAUUUGCAGAAACAGCACUUGAUCCAACAUGGCAUCAACGUUACGGACUCCAAGGCGGUGUUGGAGAACUCGGCUGAGGAGUUGAACAAGAUUGGUGAUGAGUAUGGGUUCCCUUUUAUGCUCAAGAGUAGAACUUUGGCUUAUGAUGGAAGAGGCAACUUUGUGGUCAAGGACCAGAGCUACAUUGCUAAAGCAUUGGAGUUUUUGGCCAAUCGACCAUUAUAUGCCGAGAAAUGGUGCCCCUUUACCAAGGAAUUGGCGGUUAUGGUGGUUCGGUCGAUUGAAGGCGAGGUCUUUGCUUACCCUACCGUGGAAACGAUCCACCAAAAUAACAUUUGUCACUUGGUGUAUGCGCCAGCGAGAAUCACCGAUACGGAAGCUAAAAAGGCCGAGUUGUUGGCCAAGAAUGCGGUAAAGUCGUUCCCUGGCUGUGGUAUAUUUGGAGUCGAGAUGUUUUUGUUGCCCAAUGGCGAAUUGCUCAUUAAUGAAAUUGCCCCUAGACCUCAUAACUCGGGCCAUUACACCAUUGACGCGUGUGUCACGUCUCAAUUUGAAGCUCAUGUGAGAGCAGUGACGGGUUUGCCUAUGCCCCAGGGUUUCACCGAUUUCGCAACAACAAACACAAAUGCCAUCAUGUUGAAUGUCUUGGGAGAUAAGCAAACGGCAAAUAAGGAGUUGGAGACAUGUCGCAGAGCAUUGGAGACUCCCCAUUCCUCGGUGUACCUUUACGGUAAAACGACUCGUCCCGAGCGGAAAAUGGGCCACAUCAACAUCGUCACUUCCUCAAUGAGCGAUGCUGAAAACAGAUUAGCAUACAUAAUGGGCAACAGUUCAGCAACGAUACCUGCCCUCCCCACAUCAGAAAGGGCUGAGCAACAACCAUUAGUGGGGAUCAUUAUGGGUUCCGAUUCCGACUUGCCCGUGAUGGCCGUUGGAGCACGUAUAUUGAAACAAUUUGGAGUGCCUUUUGAAGUCACCAUUGUUAGUGCACAUCGUACUCCCCACAGGAUGUCGCAGUAUGCCAUUGAGGCGCCAAAGCGUGGCUUGAAAUGUAUAAUUGCCGGGGCUGGCGGUGCAGCUCAUUUGCCCGGUAUGGUUGCUGCAAUGACACCAUUACCGGUGAUUGGUGUACCUGUGAAAGGCUCUACUUUAGAUGGCGUUGACUCCUUGCAUUCAAUUGUUCAAAUGCCCAGAGGUAUACCCGUUGCCACGGUGGCUAUCAACAAUAGCACCAACGCCGCGUUGCUUGCGAUCAGAAUUCUUGGUGCCUACGAUUCACGCUGGAUGAAUGAAAUGAGCGCGUACAUGAACAGAAUGGAGUCAGAAGUCUUGGGUAAAGCUGAUGUGUUGGAGGACAUUGGAUAUGAGGAUUACCUCAGUGAGAGAUUGGGCAAAGCCUAG